ACUCUGUGCAUCAUUCAACACAAUGUCAUCAUUAUCACUUGUUUACUACAUCARGUAGAGCUUAGAAUGAAUAGCGUACUACCGUCUGUGUGGCUGASGACAAUCAAGGCUAGCAACCAAUGGACCUGAAUGGAUUUUUCCGCCAUCGAAACGGUUUGCAUUGAAGGGGAUAAUCAUACCAAGCUAAGCCGUCUUGGCCGUGCUCCGCCCAGCCACGUGACAAGCCGACUCUAAAAUUAAAGCUCACSGGAGUUCAAAACUAAAAGAGGUCAAGAAAUAGUACAACUUCGUUUCCUUAUUGGUUGUCGAGUAACACAGACGUGAUCUUAUUGACUUUAAUACGAACAAAAGUAAAAUCAAUUUGAAAAGUUUCUAGUGCUUUUUUAGGGAGGUAUUGUUCAGUAAUGGCGUCAGAACUGUCACCUCCAACUACUCCUCGACAUUUUCUUCGUCGGAGAUCUUAUUCCUUCGACUCCGCAGAGCUUGAAAUCAAAAGACUCUCAAAAACGAAUAACCUCGAAAUCUCAGCUCUUCAGUCUCUUGCGUCAAGGCGUUUGCUCUUGGAAGACCGAGAGAAUCCUCGGUCAGGUUUUUUUUACGAGCUGAAUGAAACUGAUGUGACAUCAACGUUGGAGACAGAACAACAAAAACUCAAGAAAUACUCYGAAGAAAUCAUCGCUACUGUGCUGUUGGAGAGCCUGACAAAAGGGCGUUAUGAUCCAGCUCUCUGUUCUGAACAAGCUCUUUCUAUCAGUAAGAAAAUUGAAGACCAAAUGAGACAAAAGAUUUUAAAGGAAGAUCAAAAAGUUCUGGCAGUUGUGUACAUCGGGGAAGCCCGUCAGCAAGGAAUUCAGAUAUCUAGUCAAUGUAUAUGGGAUCUGCAGAAAGACUUCAUGGCGUCGGCUAGUUUCUCUGUAAAUGAUAUUUUUGCUGUUUGUUAUGUUUUUGUCUUGUUAUAAGAACGAGUACCACGUGCGCAACUCUCGUUCUAUGCGCGCUAAUACCAGUUUGUUGUGCGCAGUGCUAGUCCUUGUGUAAACUGACUUGCGUCAAACUCGAUUUGUGUUGAACUUCCUGCCUCGAAGAACUCUGGGUACGAGACUGCCUGCAAGUUAUCUUCGUAGCUUUUGCGCAGCUCUCGUCAAUGAGACGGUCGUCGAAUGCAUUUCGAACGUAAUUAUUUAGUUCGAAUUAAAUCAGUUUUUAAGACAUACAACGGUAGUUUUUCGAAAAGCAAGAAAAAAAUUUAAAUGUUGCAAAGAUCCGGGAAAAUUUUCGUGUUUUUAACCGCAGCUAAUGCGUGGCAUGAUCACAUCCUAUACAACGCGGAUGUUGUCAGAAAAAAUCUAUCCUAUCAUUGCGUGGGUGUUCUAUAUUAACAUGAGAGAGACCAAAGGUAACAUAGAUGAAAUGCUGGAUUGUGUUCUGGAAUGCGGUAAUAAACGAUAGACUAGUGUAUAACUGAUUAAGACCAUUGAACCACUAGAACAGAGUAAGGAAGUAUGAAGGUUGAUCUACAUGCGGUACGAUAUAUUUUCUCAUAACUGUCGCACGCGACAUGUUCACGGCAAGAAUUGCUUAGUGUAAAUCGACUGUUGACUUGCUUACUAGUCUAUUAAAAUGGCCGCUAAAAYUUAUCGCGACAGYUGUGAGGAAAAAUCKUACCGUGUAAAUCAGCCUUGAGAAAAGCAGUUGUUAGAGACGUGCCGUACUCUUCAUGAMUAUUUUGAUUGGUUAAUCUCGCACGCUGUGAUUGGUCCAUUCCAACAGUUUUCAUCAACUCGGUACCAUGACCGUGACACGUGCACUAGAGCAGCUUUUGUAAUGACUAUGAAAAGAGUAGUGCCGUAAUCUUGCCUUGCCGCGACGCUUUCUAGAAUUGUUUUCUAGCGCAAUGUGAUUGGUCUGGUAGUCAAUCCGUGAUCUUGGCGUGACCGUAUACGCGCCAUGUUCUGGGUAUUUGAUUGGAUGCAGAGUAAAUACUCGCGCAAUGUGAUUGGUCUUGCGUAUGUCUUGCCGUGUCACGUCCGUGUUCGUGCCGCGAGCUUUUCACAGUCAUACGAAAARUGCUCCAGUCUUCAGUCCUGCGAUCUUUGUCUACAGUGCGCGCUCGAAUCAGAACAUAUUAAUUAUUAUCAACCUGUGUGAUAUGUGGGGUAAUAUUUUAGUAACGCAACUGGUGUGUGUCACGCAAAUCUUAUAGGCUAAAAUUAUAAAGCGUUGAUGGAAUAUCAAACAGCACAAAGUAUUUUACAUUGAUGCUAUUGUSAAUGUAAAAUCUUAUAGUCAUCACAUAUCAAUGUAGGAGAACAAUUAAAACUAAUUAAAAAAUAAUUUUUGUAAAAAGAAAAAAAUUACAAAAUUUGUUAAACCAACGUGUUAUUAACACAAACUUAGACAAAAAUCAAACAGAUCUUUCGGCAUUCAAUCUGGAACAACGAUCUCAAAAAUUUCAUUUUUUAGGGCGAAAAAGGAAGCAUAAGAAAAAAGUUUAGCAAGUUCAGCUGCAAUUACCACCAAGACAAAAAACAGUCAAAUCCGAGAGGAAAUUUUGAUCUUAUUUCUUGACAAAUACUAAGCAAUAAAGAAAACUUGAAAAACGACAUUUGUAAGCCAGCUUGAACAAGUUACAAGGCAAUUAAUAUAACGACAAACUGUAUGUGAAGAGAAUGAUUAUGACAAUGAUUAUCAUCCUGUAAAUGACUUUCAAGUGGUUUUAAACAAAGAGGACAGAAUUAUCAUC